AACAGAAUGGCGAUGUUCCUGCCUGUCAGGCAACGUCCAGGGCAAAAUGUGGCAGCGUCUCUAAGGAGUGCGCGGGAUAAUUCCAAAUAACUGCGCCAUUGUUUUGCUACCACUGCCGUUGCUUGUCAUUUUAGCGAAAUAGCUUUGUCUACCCGCGUGUGUAUGGAUGUAUACGUGGUCCUGACUGGGUUUUUUACAGAGCGGGUUUCGCGUACGUACACAUUGGAGACUAACUUACGAAAAAAAAAAAAUAGUUGUUGAGAAUGAGAUGGUGGCUAACGUUAGCUAACCGUUAACUGCGUCUAACUGUGGGAACCAGACGUCGAGAGACUUUAAAAAAGACCAAACAAAUGGAGACGAAGUACCCUGUGUUAAGGAGACCCAAGCGGAAGCUGUGCUACGUUACAAGCAAAGAAAAUCCGAUUAAGCAAUGGGAAGGAACAUUGACAUUGGAUGAUGUUGACAAGAUGUUUGAUGACUUGGAAUCAUCCUCUUAUGGAGAACUACUUCCCACGUCUCUGCUCCCGACCAGUGACACUGAGGCAAAUCAGAAUGAGACAGAGGUUUCUCAUGUCCCACAAAAGGGAGAAGGCGCGAUGGAAAAUCUCCCAGGAACCCAAAUGGGUCCUGAAGGAGACGUCCUGCAUCCUUCAGCAAGAUCACCCAGCCCUAAACUGGAAGAUUUGGACAUCUCUUUUAAAGUGGAUGGGCCUGUGCAGACAUCCAGCCCCAUUGAGCUGCAUACAGAUGUGGAAGGUUUACAGAAGCAGGAACAAGAAAAAUACAGCGCUGUGUCCUCAGUUCUCACCUCCAAAUCCCCCUGCAAAGAACAGCUCAAAGAGAAGAGUGAUGAGUCUGAGUCGGAGUCCACUCCAAUCAAGGUUGCUUCAACCAAGAAGACUCGUCCCGAAGGGAAGGCUGAAGCAUCAGACAAAAAGGAACAUGUGGCUGAAGAUAAGAACGAUAAGAAACCACAGUCACCUGCUUCAGAAGAUAAAAGAAAAAUGCCAAGCAGAACAGAAGACACAGAGUCUCUGACGCCUGAGUCUGAACUGGAAGCUCCUGAAAAAAACUCAUGCAGCGUUCGCAAGCAGCCCUCCCCACCAGGAGCAAAAGACGUGACUUUGUUCCUGCAGAAGCUCAAAGAUACCAUACAUUCAAAACUUGCAUAUUCCCGGAACACUCUGGCUAAAGUUCCUCCUCCUCUUCCUGAGCCAGAGGAUGAUUUUCUGAUUCUUGAAGAUGAUGAACCAUUUGUCAUUUCUAUCCCGAAUAAAAAUGUCACCAGUAAGAGACGAGGGCAGAGCAGGACUUCCAGCACUGACAAAGACAGCUCCGCGGACACGGGGUCACGGAAAAAACAAGAGAAGACUGUUGAGGUGACUGAGGCUGGAAAUGAUCAGGAUAAAUUGCCCAGUCCUCAGGAGCCUUCUGCAGACGACCUGCUGGAACAAAAGAAACCAAACAAAAAGAAACAAAAGCUCAAGAAGGUCCCGUCAAAAGAAAGUAACACGGCAGAGGAUGAACUUAUAGACAAAGCGAACGGGGAGACGGGAAAAGAAACACACUCUAAGAAAAUGGAAUCAAAGAAGUCUUCAAAAGACGGCAAAGAAAAUAUAAAGUCGAGCAGAGCUAACUCAACAAAGGGCAACAGAAAAAGGCUGCAGCGACCUGAAGCUGUAAAGGACACGGUGCAAGUUGAUGUGAGGGAGCAAAGUCAGGAGGACCAUAAGGAGAAUACAUAUACUGACGACCUGGGGCCUCUUACAGACAAGGAAAUGAUAAUAAAACCCGACGCAGGUGGAAAGUCCAAACGAAAAAAUCAACCGGCUGCACCUGAGAGGAUUUCAGAUGACGGCUGUUCAUCAGACGCCCCUCAGGUGGGAAAGAGGAGAAGGAAAUCAACUGGACAGUGGUGGUUGAGUUUCCCUCAGAGCAGCAACGAAUCAAACAACCUGCACCUCACUCCUAAAAAGUCCAAACAGAACAACGAAGAGGCAGAUGUAACGUCACCUGUAAAGGCUAAAAAAGCCAACGUUUUAAAGGAAAGUCAGAAACGACGUCCACACACUGGUAAAGGAAAGAAAACCAAACAGGACAAAAAGAGAAAUGCCAGAGGAAACGCAGCAGAUGAAAUCUUCAACACAGCUGAGGCAGAGCACAACGAUAAAGAGCUGGACCAGGAUCAGGAGCAGUCCAGUCCUUUGUUGUUCUCACACAGAGACCACGGCCUGAACUCAGCUACAGACAAGGAAAUAAUAAAACCUGACGCAGGUGGAAAGUCCAAACGAAAAAAACAACCGGCUGCACCUGAGAGGAUUUCAGAUGACGGCUGUUCAUCAGACGCCCCUCAGGUUGGGAAGAGGAGAAGGAAACCAACUGGACAGUGGUGGUUGAGUUUCCCUCAGAGCAGCAAUGAAUCAAACAACCUGCAGCUCACACCUAAAAAGUCAAAACAGAACAACGAAGAGGCAGAUGUAGCGUCACCUGCAAAGGCUAAAAAAGCCAACGUUUUAAAGGAAAGUCAGAAACGACGUCCACACACUGGUAAAGGAAAGAAAACCAAACAGAACAAAAAGAGAAACGCCAGAGGAGACGCAGCAGAUGAAAUCUUCAACACAGCUGAGGCAGAGCACAAGGAUAAAGAGCUGGACCAGGAUCAGGAGCAGUCCAGUCCUUUGUUAUUCUCACACAGAGACCACGGCCUGAACUCAGGAGGUCAGAUAUUUCAUAAAGUAUAUCAUCACACCCCUAAUGAAAAAAUUUCCGUCACACCAGCCGCAGCUAUCUCGCCCAGACGACCGACAGAGCGGCUCGGUGAAGCACGACCAGUAAAAUGUGAGACGAAACCACGAGGCGACGGGUGGAUGGUUGACAGCGCGUCUGAGGAUGUGGAGACCGUGUCCUCACAAUCUCAGCAGCCUCCUCCUAAAGAGGCCAAACGUCCUAAAGAGAGGAAAAAACUGUCCAAACGGAGCAAAUCCUCCAAAAGUGGCACCGUGGCGGCUUCGUCCAAACCACCGGGGGGCGCUCCUGUGACUUCUCAGAAAGCAAAACCGCACUCGUCCCCAGCAGACAAGCGUCAGAAAAAAAGUUUACAUUCUCCCGAGGAAGCCACUGACUGUGUAAGUCCGACCGAUCCAGAUGUUCUCUGCAUGGAUGUUGGUGUGUCCAUGAGCAGCUUUAACAAGACACAUGACGGCGUCUGUCAGCGGGAGAACACGUUUAAAACCCCCAGGAGUGGACCCACCUCCCUUAUCGAUCUACAUGACUACGAAGAGAGUGACAUCACAGGUUAUGACAUAAUUUUGCCACGAAUCCACGAUGUGUUGUCCGGAUCAGAUCUAUGCGCUCUUCCUCUCAGACCGCUGGUCCUGCAACCGAAGGACAAGGCAAAUCUGACCGAGUGGUUUAAGAGUCUCUGGUCCACCACCGCCGGCAGUGAUUGCAACAUCACUCCAGACCAUUUCGACUGGUACUUCUAUCAGGACAGAGCGAUGGGUUUACAGGUGGAUUUGAAGACUGGCUCCAUCUGCAAUGGAAAGAUCCUCCUGGGCUCCUUCAUGAAGAAGCCUCUCUGGGUGGAUCACAGUGCCACCACAGUUUUUAACUUGAUUACAAGCUCUCUGAGAGUGAUCAUUGACGGCACAGAGUCCCGCUUCAAUCCUGGACAGUCCUUCAUGGUGGAGUGUGGUCACGCUUACAGCAUCCAGAAUUUGAACGCACAGCCUGCGGUUGUGUACUUCACCAGGAUGUCGGCAGAGGGCUCCAGCUGAAGCUGCUGCGCGACGCGUUUUAACAAACACCUCGAAGGAUUCUGAAAGAAACCGUGUUAAAAAUGUACAAAAAAUUUACCGACUGGCUUUUUUUAAUGAUCUGCUUUUGUUCAGCUUUAAUUGUUAAUAAAAAAAAAUAGUGUUUUUUGUUACUUUUUGUUCAGUCUUUGUUUGCCUUUUUGUUUUCUGACUAUUGUGUAUGUUUUAGGAUCUGCAAAGAGUCCUUUAUAUCAUCUGCUGUAAAGCUGCAGUGUGUUGAAAACACAUAAUUACUAAGUAGUUUAGCUGGAACAACACAUUUAUCUCAGAAUGUGUUUUGAUUACAAACAAAUGUGAUAAUGAUUUACUUCACAGCCUUUCACAUUAUUAAAUCUGUCAUUUUUGCAAGACAAUUAUGUUUUAUGGGAACAAUGAAUUGUGGGUCAUUAUCAAGCGGUCAAUAUAUUCAGUGGAGUAAAGAUGCAUUGUAGUGCUGUUAAAUGUACAAAGGCGAGAAUGUUUAUAAUUAUAUGACAAGAGUGGUGCUGUAGAAAAGUUCAUUUCUGUAAUAAAUUACUUUCAGUUGUUACUGUGGUGCACUCAGA